AGUUAUAAAUUUGUUAUCCACUAACUUACUAUUAUUUUUGGACAGUGUUUAUUUUCUUCUUUUUGUUUAUACUUUAGGGUUACGCCACUCCAAAGAGUUAUGUUCUCUUGUCAUCUCCGUUUCUUUGUAGAUACGUCGCAACGCAGCGCGCGAAAAUAGCAUCUGAGACCUACGUGCAUUAGCUGCUUGACUGUCUUUUCUUUCUCUUUUCAUUUAUUUUUAAUGAAAAAAAAACCCCUACCUAAAAGAUCUUAACAAUAUAUCGAAACAAAUAACGAACUAACAUUAAUCGUAUAUGAUUACCAAAACAAAAGAAAAUAGCAUGUAAAAGCAAAAAGAACGAUCCCACCAAGUGCUGAAUAUUCCAUCCGCUGAACAACACUUUAGUUUACUUUCCUUUUUGUUCCUUUCCCCACAUAUAUUUUUUCUCUCUUUCAUAAUAUUGGCUGAAUCUAAAGCGGGCUAAAAUCUAUAAAGCGUGCUAAAUUUAUAAAGCGUGUAAUAAUGUCCAAAGACAACCCUGCUCCUGAACUUCUUUUGGAAGGUUAUGAGGUUUAUGAUGGACCAAAAGGAGGUGAUAAUGAUAAUCUACUCAUCACAAAUCUUGAAUCGUUGGCCCCAAGUGAUCAGCAGUUACAUCAAUCUGAUUCGCAAUCUGGUUUUGAUAGCCUUUCAAAUGAUAAACAGAAUCUCUCUCCUAAGGUGUCAAAUUCUUCUCAGUUGGUGGAUUCAGUUGUGGAGAAUCAGUCAGAUGCAAUUGAUUCUGGGGAAAGUCAAGAUCCUUUGUUGGAAAUUAAGAAAAUGAAAGGAUUAUUAGAGCAAUUGAUUGCAAAAUCUGAAGCUUCAAAAGCUACAUCUGAUGCUGUAAACACCACUGAAACCACUCCUGUUACACAACAGUCAACACCAUCAAAAAAAUCCUCUUCUGAUAGCCAAGAUGGGAAUACAUUCCCUCCAGCUGAGAACAGUGUUUCUUUUCCUGUUAAUUCAGAGGCUACUGCUCAGGUAACCAAAGCAACAAAGAAGAGCAUUGCUCAACUGAAAUACAAAGGCCACAAUAUUGCUGGUACAAUUCUGAGACCGAAGUCACCCACACGAAACUGUUCAAUUCCAGAAAAAGAUAAAACUCACUUUCCUAGUGCUCUAAUGCAAAUGGAUGUAAAAGAGGAUGCUGCUACUAAAGUAUUGAGGGUACAGAAACAUGAAGUGAUCUGUGCUCUAGGUGCACCCGUUUUGUUUCGUUCACAUAGUGGAAUGUUUGUGUCAAAUAUUGAUUUGACUUACUACUGGUGUAAUUUCUGUCCGUUUAAGACUGAUGACAAAAAUGAACUUUCCCAACAUAUUAUCAGUCACAGGUUUCACUGUAAACAUUGUAGUUACCAGUCUUUUUCACGGGCAGAUGUUAUCAACCACUCAUCUAAUGUCCAUGUGGAGUUCCAGGAAACAUCAGUCUCUUUGAAAUAUUACGCUUUAUUGCCUGAUUACCUUCAAGUUUGCCUCUUUCAGUCAGAUGAUUCAUCGGUGGACAGACAUUCAUCAAUGAAAGGAAGUCAGAUGAAAAAAUCUCGUAAUGAUUAUGAUAGCUAUCUUCUUUCAUAUGAUGAUGAGAAAAACAAAACUAGAAAACAUAGGAAUACAGGAGAUAAGAUAGAAAAUGGACAAGCUCUGAUUGUUCAUCCAGCUUCUAGUCCCAAAAGGUCAUUGCUCAUGGAUGAGCCUUCUACUUCUAAAAAGAAGUCCAUAGACAGUGACAAUUCUAAACAUUCAAGAAGUCAGAGAAAGAGGAAGAAGAGAAAUAGUGUUGAUUCAAGUGAUGAUGAUGACGACGAUGACGAUGAUGAUGAUGUCAGUCUUUCUUCUAGACGAUCACUGCGCAAAAAUGAAAAAUCUGAUAAGAAGCAGAAAUCUACAUCCAGUUCAGAUUCUUCGAGUUCUGAUUCAGAUGAGGAAGCACCAAAGAAUUUGAUGGAAAUUUAUGAAUGCAAUUCUUGUGAAUUUAAAUCCAAAGAAAUGCAAAAAGUUCGAGAACACAUGUUCAGAAUUCAUCCUGGAGGUAAAUUCUAUUGCAUUGAUAAAAGAAUAAGAAAGAACAAAGCUAAGCGCUAUAUAUUUUUUUGCUGCAAAAAUAAAUGUCCAUUCCAGUCAACAGAUCCUAUUACAUAUACACAGCAUGUUGAUCGUUGCACACCACUACCUGUGAUUGCACCUAAUCUAACCAAAACCAGCAAACCAACAGGGUUACAGAUGACUGUACAGUUUGCUAAAAAGUGUCUCAAAAAAACCAAUAAAUCUGAUGGUAAGAAAUCUGGCAAAAAGUCCAAAGUUGAAGAGGAUUAUGGAUGUCAUUACUGCAAGUUUGAAACUGAUUCUUUAAUUUCUGUUAAGAACCAUUUGAAUAUGUCUCACGCCAAGAACAGCUUUGUUGUACGAGAUUUGAAGGCUGUUGACAGUCUUAUGUCGUUCCUUUACUUGUGUAAAUAUUGUGCUUGGUAUAGCAGAGACUACAGCAAACUGAAGAAUCAUAUGGACCGAGAACAUCGCAUUCCAGAGAAGAAGCUGAUGGUUGCUACAAAUAGUGCCGAAGCCAAAAAGAUGGCUGAAGAGAAGAAAAAUAAAGCUCUUGAAUUGAGUCAUCAAGAAUCAAACCUGGCUGAUUCAGUCGUAGAAGAAUCUGUGGCUCCUGUUAAUGCAGACGAUAUCAGUUAUCGGUGCUACCGAUGUGAUUUCUAUACAGCUUCUGUUGAAACAAUUAAGAUUCACUUGACUACAGCUCAUCCCAAGUGCAAUUUAACAGCAUUUACCUGCAAAGGUGGAAGCUUACGUACUAUUCAGUUUUGUCCACAGGCUGACUGUUACUUCAUGAGUACAUUUAGUAGUGAAAUGGAGAGACACAAAAUUCUUAACCACAACAUUCCUGACAUGAAUGCCUCCGGUAGCAAGAAAGUGUGCUAUGUACAGGCCUACAAAUGUCUCUCAUGCAAUAAUACCAUAGCAACCUCACUUGAAGAUAUGAAACUACAUUAUUUUGAACAACAUCCCAAUGUGUGCAUGAUGGUACGAGAUUGUGUGGCAUUUGAUUUGCAGAAACCUUCCCAAUUAUAUCUCUGUGAUUACGGAGAUUGCCUUUUUAAUGACUUAGACUAUAAAAAGUUCCUGUUCCAUAAUGUGGCUCAUGAGGGAGGAAUAGUUUAUGAAUGUGUUCAUUGCAAUGAUUGGGUUAGCAAAAACAAAGAAGAUUAUGAUAUUCAUGUUGCCGCUCUAGGUGACCUGGAACAUAAUUUAAUGGAAUCGACAGUUGAAAUGGAUCGCUCUGGAAGCAUAACUCGAAGACUAGGUGAUGUUGUGGUAAAAUUUGAAGAACCAUAAUAGACAUUACUACUUAUGAUCAUCAUGUUUUCUUUGAAGUGGUUUAUUGUAUAACACCAAUAUUUGGUUAUGAGGAUAAACUAUUACAUAGAUAGCAUCACAAAUUUAUUGGUAAUGAACAUAUCAUUAUUCUGAAUUUAUUAUACAUACUUCAUAAGAAACCACAUUUUACUGUUACUAGUCUUUUAUAAUUCAGACAGAUUUAUUCAAAACAUUUCUACAAAUAUUUUGUCCUUUGCAGUAUAUAUACUUCAAAACAUGACAACAUAUUUUGUUUAUGGACUGCUGUAUAUAUUUAGUUUUUUUUUUUCCCCCUCUUCAUUUUGGUAUAAAAUGUAACACUCACAAAGACAUUCCGGUAUGAUAAAUCUAAGAACUCACAACCAUACAACACAUACACGUGCAUAACUCAACCUCUAUGUUACUUUCUCUUUUCAUUUCAUGUCUUAUUCAUUCCUUUUUAGUUUAGUUUAUCAGUUUUAAAUCCUGCCAUUUUGGUGGGAAAUGUUACAUAUAUUAGAUAAUAUUCAACUUGACUUUGUCACUUCUAUUGCUUUGAAAGUAAAGUUCUUUCCUGCUAUCUCUUGAAAUCACCUGUGAUGGAACCUCAGCCAAUCCUUGAUACUGUCUUAAACACUGGUUGUAAUAAUGAACUGAGACAAUAAUAUUAAUGGAUUAAUAUUUUCUAGGUGUUUUCUAAGUUUCACAUCACGAAGAUAUUACUUCGUGAUAUGAUAUUUUACUGAACUCAAAUUACUGCUUUAAGAUAUUUCUAUUUCUUUAGCCAUUCAAAUCUAUAAUUUUUAAUAAACAAAAUAUAGGAACAUAAUGUAAAUAUGUAACCAUUAUAACUUUAUUUCUCAACCCAUCCAUGGUGAGUUUUGAAAUAAAACAUUAAAUGUUA